GUAAGAAUCCAUCUAACAUAAAGCACGUAUUUUAUAGUGUUGCUAUAAAUCCUUUAAAAAACAAACAAACAAAAUAACACCAAACAACAAAAGAUAGAUAUAUUUAACCAGUGUGCACAGAAUGGUGUUAAAUGAGUGAUGUAGAUGGCUUAAUGGAGCCUGUCCAGCGACAGCAGUGUGUAUGGAGCCUGAUAAAGGAGUGUGUGCCAGACUCCGAGCUUCCUGAGAUAAGGGCUAUACUCGGGGAUGCACUCAUAGACAUGUACACAGAAGUCUACUCUGAGGUGCAGAUGUGGGAGCAGAUGUGGCAUGAGGUGCAUGAUGGGAAAUCCCAGAUGCCCCACUCCUCUCUUGCUGACCCUCCAGCUGUUAAAGGGCUGCUGCGUUCUGAGCUCCAGCUGCUGCUGCUCAGUCUCAGACAACAGUCCACUACACUGGGCAGAGAUGGAGAUAAAGUCAUGUCCCGAUACAAUCCCAAGGUGGUGAGUUAUGCACUCAGCACAGAGAGACAGCGAAGUCCAGACAGCAUUGAGUGUGCAACACCAUCUAGCAGGCCUGCGUCCAGCAGGUCAAGCUCAAGACUCUCAUCUAACUCCAGCAUUGAAGAUGAAAUUGAAGCUCUGCGGCACAAACUGAACAUCACCCAUAUAAACGAAGUUGUGUCCCAUCUAAAAUCAGUUCUUACUGAGGAAUGUGAAGUUCUGAAAAAUGAUGUUCAGUUGCUGCAGGAGAGUGUGGAGUUGGAAUAUCUGAAGCAGAGCGGCUUCAUGGAACCCACACUAACAGAGCUGAAAAAGGAGCGCCGACUUAUCCAGCAAGACUUGGAAGCCCUGAAUUUGUUGAAUGAGUCUACAUGCACAGAUAAACCGAAGCCUAAAUUUUCUCAGAUUCCCAGCAGGGAAAUGAAGCAGCCAGUCUCACCUAGAAGAGAUUUUCUUCAACCAAAGCCUCCUCCAGCUGUAGCACGACAUGAUAACAGACCUAAUUUCUUGGGCCAAACCAGGCACAGAAUUUCUCUUAAGGCUGUGCAGCUUCCAGGGUCAUCCCCGAAUCCUUCACGGCUUCAGGAACUAGAUUUGGAGAACUCCCAUAUGCCGCAGAUUAGCUCUGCUUCUUCAGCCGCUGUACAGAGUUCUCCGAGUGAGUCGAAAAUUGCAUUUGUAGGAUCUGCAACCUGUAGACUUAAAGAUGGGGCACUGGCUGGGCAUUUCGGGGCUGCCCCAACACCACUGAUACCUGCCCCACCGGCAGGGCAGAGAUCCAGCAGUAGGGGGCAGCGAGUGGGCAGACGCCUGGGACCUAAUCAAACAGGAAACCUGCUCAGUGCCACCUAAACGCACCUGAGAUAAACAUGCAUGAUCUAGACAUAUCAUUUACAUUCUAAACUAUAUAGUAAGACUAAUGACACAUGUUUACACGUUUAUUUCAUACAUGCAAUGCAAGUAAACAGCUCAGGUAUUCCAUAAAAGGCACACAGACAGUUGAUCUUUAAAAUAAACUUUAUUUUACCAUUUGAAAUUGAACCAUUUAAGAUACACAGCUGACGCGACUAAGACAAUGUUUGAUGCAAUUUGGCCCUAAGAUUCCAAAGACAUGGUUAGAUAUGUUUGAUAGAAAGUUCUGAGCUCAUUUUCAGUUUCCCUGCCAUCACAGUAACUUCACCAGGACGUGACAGUAGUGGACAGUACAGUAGUGGACACCUUCAUUUUUUUUUACUUUUUUUUUUUUUUUUUUAAUUGUUAUUUUUUUUCUGCAGAUCUUUUGAGCAGUAGAGAGUGAGUGGGGUCGUAAUGCUGUACACGAUGCUAUUAAACAUCAUCAAAGUGACACUGUAAAGUGCUGGAACAUGAACAUGCACGAUGAUGCAUUCUGUUCGGAAAUAAAAGGUCUCUUUACAACA